ACUUUUGUGUCACUAGUAUUUGGCUGAUACUCAAAGAAAGAUCAAUUUUAUAUCAAAAUGGAAAAAACUCUUCUGUGUGUGUUAUUUUUUGUGGCAAAUGUGUUCAGUGAACCAAGAGUUGAUCCGCUGGUCCUGAUCACCGGUCAAGGGUUAGUGAGGGGUCAUAGGGCGUCUGAUGGAGACUAUUCCAAGUUUUUAGGAGUACCAUAUGCCCAAGUGGACCCAGAAGAUCCUUUCGGUCCGUCACAAACACGACAACCAUUUCAAGAGUUAAUCUUCAACGCCAAAGAUGGAUCAAUCAAAUGCCCUCAAAUGGGUCCUUCAAGUAGUGACACAGAAGUUAUUGACUGCCUGGCCCUCAAUAUCUAUGUACCAUUCAGAGCGGGUGCCAUGGACCCUCUACCUGUACUAGUUUGGUUCCACGGCGGAGACUUCGUCAGAGGCAGUUCAGGAGAAUAUGGUGUCAAAAAUCUCGUCAGACAUGACGUAGUGGUAGUUACCGUCAACUACCGUCUUGGGCCUUACGGUUUUAUGUGUCUUGAUACUCCUUCUGUACCUGGUAACCAGGGUUUAAAGGACCAAUAUACAGCUCUAGCUUGGAUCAGGAAAAACAUUGGGGCGUUCGGUGGCAAUCCCUACAAUGUUACUAUUGCUGGUCAAGAUGCUGGAGCCGUCUCAGUAUUAUUACAUUUAUAUGCAGAUAACGAUAAAUUGUUCCACAAAGUAAUUGUCGAGAGUGGAACUCCGCAGACUGAAGGCAUGUUCGUGAACUCGGAUGCAAAUGCUGCUAUCGUCUUAGCUGAGCAUUUAGGAUUCAAUACAACUAGUACUGAAGAAGCUCUGAACUUCCUCACUAACUCUCCACAUAACUUAGUCACAGCAGCUGCAUAUGAACUAGACUUACAACUCAGGCCUUGCCAGGAGAAAUCUUUCAGUGGCAUUGAAAACUUUGUGGAAUACGAUCCCUACUCAUUAACAAACGAGAAGAAAGUGAAAAAUACGCCGGUACUCAUUGGUUUAACGAGCCAAGAACGUGACUCGCUCAGCAGUGAUUACUAUGAUUCCGAUCCGUUUUAUGAAAAAUUGAAAAACAAUUUCGAUAUCCAUGGGGAACAGUUGGAAAAAGCUGCUACACUUGUGAGACGUUUUUACCUUGGUGAUAAAUCUGUGUCAGAGGAUGUAGCGACAGAAUUAGAGAAUUUCGAAUCUGAUUUUGUGUACAAUCAUCCAUCAGAAAGAAUUAUGACAAGGCUUUUGCAAGAGAAUGUUGGAUCCAGGAUGUAUGAAUAUUUGUUUAGUUAUGUUGGAGAUUCGAGUAAAGAAGGCGCUGGACAUUCGUCUGAACUUAAAUACUUGUUCAAUUUACAAGAUGACGAUACUGAAACGAGUGAAGAAGACCAGUUAAUAAUCGACCGUAUUACAACCUUGUGGGCCAACUUUGUCAAAUAUGGAAACCCGACUCCUCGUAAGAGCGACCUGAUUCCAGAGAAAUGGACUCCAGCCACUGUUUCCACCAGACCUACCAUGAUCAUUGACACUGACAUCAGAAUGGAGAGCAGGAUUGAAAACCAGAGGAUGGCUUUCUGGGACCUCUUCUACUCAAUGUAUGGGAGCUACAGCAAGUUGGUGCGCGAAUGUGUUUUUACCGACUGCUGCUAAUUGUUACGAAAUGUGGUCUUUAUUUAUAGUAGUGUACCUAUUCGUUAAAGUAUUUAAUAAGCCCAUGGGAAGUAAAAGAUGUUGCCCUUCCUAGAAAGGGUACAAAAUCAGGUUUGUGAAAAUUUAUUUUUCAUAGCUGCGUUAUUUUUUAACAUGCUGCAUAUGCUGCUCUUUUGGUAAUUUUGACAAAUGUUCACGUAAGGACGUAAUGUUUGUACUAUAAAAUUAAAAUUACCUAUUGUUCAAUA